AAUCUCUUGAGUCUCAUCUUGCACAUUCCCUACACGUUCCCGAUACAAGCCCUGCACCGCUGACAUCCCUAAUUAUCCACUUACGCGAAAAUGGGGACUCUGGAUCAUCGUCUGGAGAACUUUGUCGUUGGCACGGUCUAUCAGGUGCUCGAUGUAAUCGGAGAGGGCGCCUACGGCAUUGUUUGUUCUGCAAUCCAUAUACCCACCCAGCGCAAGGUCGCGAUCAAACGUAUCACCCCCUUUGACCACUCUAUGUUUUGUCUUCGCACCCUGCGAGAAAUAAAGCUUCUGCGCCACUUCCGCCACGAAAACAUUAUAUCCAUCCUCGAUAUCCUCUGUCCUCCAAGCUAUGACGAUUUCAGGGAGGUUUAUCUGGUGCAGGAACUCAUGGAAACAGACCUACAUCGUGUCAUCCGAACACAGCAGCUCAGUGAUGAUCACUGCCAAUACUUUAUUUAUCAGACCCUACGCGCUUUGAAAGCGUUGCAUUCCGCGGAUGUUCUCCACCGUGAUCUUAAACCUUCUAAUCUUCUGGUAAACGCUAAUUGCGAUCUUAAAGUAUGCGAUUUUGGACUUGCACGUUCUGCAAGACCACCUCCCAAUGUUGCCAACGACAGCAGCACUUUCAUGACCGAAUAUGUCGCAACCAGGUGGUACCGCGCUCCUGAAGUCAUGCUAACAUUCAAAGAAUACACGCGUGCGAUCGACAUGUGGAGUGUUGGUUGUGUCUUAGCUGAAAUGCUGAGCGGGAAACCUUUGUUCCCAGGCAGGGAUUAUCAUGACCAGUUGUCGAUAAUACUGGAUGUUCUCGGUACACCAUCCAUCGACGACUUCUAUGCCAUAACAUCACAGCGCUCAAGGGAUUACAUACGCGCAUUACCGUUUAGAAAAAGGAGGUCAUUCACGCAGCUAUUUCCUGGCGCAAAUCCUCUUGCCGUCGACUUUUUGGAAAAAUGCUUAACCUUUAGUCCGAUACGGCGGAUUGACGUCACUGAAGCGCUGCGACAUCCAUAUUUAGAGCCGUAUCACGAUCCUGAGGAUGAACCUACUGCCAAUCCCAUAGAUCCUUCCUUCUUCGACUUUGACAACGGGGAUCCGGUAGACAAGGAAGAUUUGAAAAGGCUUAUCUAUGCUGAAGUUAUCGCUGCUUCCCCUCAAGCGGCCUCUCUUUCUGUGUCCGAAAUAUAAUGAUAGGUCUUGAUUGUGUGAUUGAUAUCUAUUUGGUUGGCGUUCAAGACGCGUAGUUUUUCUUAGCUGUGGUUAAUUCAUGAUAGGAAUUUACUUGUCAUGGUGAAAUUUUGGAAAAAAGUCAAAUGUAAAGAAUACUGUUUAAUGAUUGAUUCUAGCAAGACCAAGCUUGUCCUUGUUGAUUUAUUUCCUCCAAUUUAUUGUGCAAGAUGUAUCAGAUGAG